CUUUUCGCCACCAUCCCCCAGCCCCCUUUCUUAAGGGCGUCGUCGUGGCCUUUUCGAGGCGGCCCGUUUUCGUGCUCUCAGGCUUCGUCGUUUGUGACACUGGGUGCAGUUUGUCGUGUUGCACGCUCGAACACCGAGAACCUCACCUCGUAGCUCACGAAAAAUGGCCACGAUGAGCAACCCCGCACAGCUCGCGCACGGGCCAAUGCUCAUCGGCCUGGUCUUCAAUGUGCUGCUGUACGGUAUCAUGAUCACCCAGCUCUACCUCUACGUGACGACGUACAAGAGGGAUCCGCUGUGGAUCAAGAUAUAUGUCGCCGUCUUAUUCGUGGCUGAUACCUUCAACACUGUAUGUUUGAUGGUGUACAUGUAUGACGCCCUGGUCCUUCAUUUCGGUGACACUCCCUUCCUUAACACAGCGAAUUGGGUCUUUGCGACGGAUCCAGUUAUGACGGCGUUCAUCGGGUCUAUGGUGCAGUCCUUCUUCGCGUGGCGUAUCCGCGUCCUUAAUAUGAGCUGGAUGUUCUGGGUUCCAGCCGCCGUCUGUGCUUUCAUCGCUGCCGCGGGCGGCCUCUCGACGUCCAUCGCCAUCCACUUCGUCUCGCACUUCAGCGAGUUUCAGAAGUUCGAGAUCGCGGUGAUCUUCUGGCUAGUGGCAGCUGCGGUUGGCGACGUCUUCAUCACCGUCGCGCUGACGAAAUACUUGAGAGAGCAUUACACCGGCUAUCGGGCGACCGACGAUCGUAUCGACGGUAUCAUCCGCCUGACGGUGCAGACGGGCAUGAUCACCGCCAUCUGGGCGAUCAUUGACCUCGGGGUGUACUUGGGAGACCCUACUGGAACGCACUUGAUCUUCAAUCUCCCGCUUUCGAAGCUGUAUAGCAACACCCUUCUGAGCAGUCUGAACGCCCGCGGAGGAUGGAAGCCGCCAGUAUCGACCGUAUCCUCAGGCGGAGAUGCCCUCACCUCACCACGAAUGAUCGUAGGAUCUGGUACGCAUCCUGACGUCCUCAUCGAGCGCACCAUUGAGCACCACGGCCCGCCGAACCUACACCAAAUUAGCAGCCUCGAGAUGUCGACUAAGAAGGCAAACUACACGGUCGACUUCGUCGAGGCGCAACGACACGGUGUCGGCAAGAAGGGCCGGCGAGAUGGCAAGAAGGGACCGCCGCUUAUCAGCAAGAGUUUUAUGAACUCGCGAAGCGCCUCGGACCUGGACUCAGAGUUCGCGGUGAUGACAGCGAAGACGAAUACGCAGCAUUGAGAUGGGCGCGGCGAGUUUGAGGAUAGGACAGUAGAAUCAUAGUGGUUGACGAGGCUGGGCGCAGUGGGCAUGGUCACGAAUUCACAUGGCGCGAACGUUGUAUCACUUUACCAUUCCCAACUCCCUUCGGAUACUUGAGUUGUAAUAUGAGCCGCUGUCCACCUCACAUCCUUGCGUUUUCACCCUCCCUUCAUAGCUAUGGCGCUUGCCCGCAAUGUACGAGUAUACUUCCACAGUCGCGCUUACGAAUAGCUGCAUACAUGUAUUGCUGGUGGUGUACGCCGUUAGCUGACAUGUUCCGUAUAUCUUGGACCCGCGCACCAUUCGAAGAUGACCUAGAGACGACCACAGUUGAGUACGUUAGACCAGCUCAUCCGGAGAGAUCUUCGGAGUGCGGGAUAGGUAGUAUGGAUGCUGUCGGCGUGCUGCUCGAGUUGACCACCAGACUGUAGCCCUAGGUUCGAUAAUCC